CGUUUCAUCAUUGUUUGUAACGGCCUCGAAAAUACGCAUCAAAUAUAAUAAAAUAUAUUAAAUUAUUUAAUAAAAGAAACGUCUCCAAUUUAAUAAUAAUUUAAAGUGCUAAUUACUGUCUAAUUGUGUUUUUGAAAAUGGAUGAUUCCGAAGAAAUUUACACUUCCGAUGAAGAAAAGAACAACUCAUCCGAUGUAUCUGAAGAUCUAACUAUAGAAGAUUCUUCUGCCUCAGAUCAUGAAGAAAGUAUUGUUCAGAAGCCUAAAACAAAGCUCAAGACACGAGCUGUUAUCCUUUCUGAUAGUGAAGAAGAUGAAGAAGAGCAAUUUGAGCGCCGAGCUCUGUCGCCAAGGACUCGUAUGAGUAUAACCGGAGUUAGGCCUGCCGACCUUUUGUCCGAUUCAAGUGAUUUCGCGGAUUCCUCGGAAGACGAAGAAACCGAAAACGAAAACAGCAACGAUGUUGAUGAUGAAUCAUACAAAGAAAACUCCUUUAUUCGUGGUGUUGGAGUAAAGAAUUCAAUUCGUGAAAGUGACCACAGCGAAGGAGAGGAGGGAGAAACAUCAUCAAGCCAAUCCGAGACCGAAAGUCCCAUUAAGCACAUUCGUCAAUCGGUUCCCAAGCCACCAUCACGACCUUCGUUUGCGCAAUACAGUUCGGUAUUUGGAAAUUCACUUCAAGACCAAUUCUCGUCAACAAUUCUGGUUCCUGAAAAGCUCGAUGAAUCUAUUGCUGAGAAAAAUGCAAACCCUUCGUCGUCAAUUAUUCACUCAGACGAAAGUGAAAUUAAUAGCUCUGAAAUUGUAUCCACCAAUAAAUCAGAGUCAACAAGGGAAGAAAAUUCUUCUACUCUGAACCCAGGAAUGAAACAAGAUAAUAGUUUAGUGGAACAAAAGAAUUCUUCAAAUGACAGCGAUAUUAUUGAAAUACAAAAGAGUACAGAAAUAGUAGAUAUAAGUUCAGAUGACUCUGAUCGACCUCUUUCUACUUUUGCCAAACCAUUGAAACACGAAAUUCCAACAAAAUCUGUGCAGCCAAAGAUUAAUGCGGCACUAUCACGAGUAACUACCUCCGAUAAUGGAUCAAAAGAAAUAAAGCGAGUAUCCAAGGAAUUCUAUGAUAAGGAAGUAUCGAAACUUGAUGAACUACGACAAGAUCUUGUCAAAGCCGAGAACUUAUUGGAAACUGUUGGACCGAGUUUAUUCGAUGGUGGCAAACAACUUUCGAUUCGUGUGGCAAGUCUACAAGAGAGUAUCAAAAAGAAGGCACAAGAAGUUGUCAAUCUAGUUGUUGAAGAAGACGAUGUUGCUGUCGUUGAAGAAGUUAAAAAACCAUUUUUCGAUAAGGACCUACCCGAUUGGGAUGAUCUUUCGGCAGCCGUUAAUGACAUUAAACCAGUGUUUACCGGAAAAAGAGGAUUAAAUACAUUCAAUACUCAGAAAGUUCUCACAAUGGAUCGCUUGAAGGACAUUCAUGGUUCCUUGGAGACCCGUCCCGGAGAUGACGUGUUGGCUGAUGAUCCUAAGGGAUUGAAAAUAAGUCUAAUGCCACAUCAAAAGCAUGCAUUGGCGUGGAUGAAUUGGAGGGAACAACAGAAGCCUCGCGGAGGAAUCCUCGCCGAUGACAUGGGUCUGGGAAAAACACUAUCAAUGAUUUCGCUCGUGCUUGAUGUGAAAAAUAGAGAAGAAGACGACGAUGCAGAAGAUGAGGAAGAGUCCGAAGAAGAGAACAAGGGUUGGUCGUCAAAAGGCCGACGCGACUACCACAACGGAGGGACCCUUAUUGUUUGUCCAGCCAGUUUAAUGCGACAGUGGGAAUCCGAAGUAAACAGCAGGGUGAAUCGUCAUAGGCUAAGCAUAAGUGUCCACCACGGUAAUAACAGAGAUACCAAACCCCGACAUUUGGCCACGUACGAUAUAGUCAUCACGACCUACCAGAUUGUCGCGCGGGAAUUCAAAACUAGUGGUGCCUUGUUCUCUAUAGCUUGGAAACGUAUCAUUCUGGAUGAAGCCCAUGUGGUGCGAAAUUACAAAAGCCAAUCGUCGUUGGCAGUUUGUGAACUGCGGGGAAAAUCCCGCUGGGCACUUACCGGAACACCCAUCCAAAACAAAGAAAUAGACGUUUAUGCCCUUCUCAAAUUCCUCAAGUGUAGUCCUUUCGAUGACCUUAGCCAUUGGAAGAAGUGGAUCGAUAACAAGAGUGCUGGAGGCCAACAGCGACUCAAUACUCUAAUGAAGUCUCUAAUGCUCCGCAGGACGAAAGCCCAGUUACAGCAGCAGGGAAGUCUGGCAUGCCUGCCUGAACGAGAACCAUGCAAGGUUAUCGAAGUGAUCUUGGACAAAGAGGAGAUGAAUGUGUAUCAAAAAAUCAUGACCUAUUCAAAAACUUUGUUCGCCCAAUUUCUGUACCAGCGGGCGGAGAAGAACAACGAUAUGUAUUUCAUGGACCAAGGUAAUCGGCCGACUUUUAUGCAAACCAAAGAUCCGAACGGAGCGUAUCAUAAAAUGCAUCAAAAGUUUUCCAAACUUCAUCACGGUGAUAGGGACAUUAAAUCUCAUGAAAUCCUUGUGCUCCUGCUUCGUCUCAGGCAGAUAUGCUGUCAUCCUGGGCUAAUCGACUCCAUGCUGGAAGACGAAGAUGAAAGUGUGCCCACAGAUUCGUACUGCAGUGAACCAGACAUCGAUUUGCUGGACCAACUCAAUAAAUUGGAAAUCAAUGAUAACUCAACAUCGAACUUAACCGAUAGCAUAGAUGAAAACCCAGCGAACAAGGGAAUUUCGAGGGCCUCGGCUAGAGUGUUACAGAGAUCAAAUCCGGUGUUUAACUUAUCUCGGCCAAGUUCGAAGAUGAGGAAGGUUCUUCAAAUCGUGGACGAGGAAAUCCUAAGUACUUCUGAUAAAGCUAUCAUUGUUUCGCAGUGGACGAGUACCCUCAAUAUACUAAAAAGUCAUUUUGAUCAAAAGAAUGUUCGUACCUUAUCGUUGAAUGGAAGUAUUCUCGUUAAAAAUAGGCAAGCUGUGGUUACAGAAUUCAACGAUCCCAACUCUCCAUCGAGAAUUCUCCUUCUUUCGUUAACAGCCGGCGGCGUUGGUUUGAAUCUUGUUGGAGCUAACCAUUUAUUGCUCAUCGAUCUGCAUUGGAACCCUCAGCUUGAAUCGCAAGCCCAGGAUCGUAUUUAUCGAGUUGGUCAGAAGAAAACUGUUCAUAUUUAUAAGUUCAUGUGCAAGGACACAGUCGAAGAAAGGAUUAAAGCCUUGCAGGAUCACAAGUUGGAGCUGGCUAAUGGCGUUCUAACGGGUGCUAAGGUUUCUGGGGGAAGUAAAUUGACUAUUGAUGAUUUGAAGGGGCUUUUUGGAUUGUAGUGUUUGUUGUAUAUUUAUUUUUGCAUAUUUCUCUAAAACUUCCGCUGUAUGUUCUAAAUGAUUUCAAUAAAUGUUAAUUUUUAUUUAUAAUGUCA